UUCCAUCAAAAACAACCUUGAAUGUAUAUGGAUGAUUAACAAUGUCAGAUAUCUUUAUAUUAAACUUCUCAGCAAGUAGAUUGUGUAGUGAAUUAAAUUUAGCAGUUAAACUUAAUGUCUUUCCUCUUGUGAAUCUGAAUUAUUUAUGCAUUAAAACACUUAACUGGCAAGCAAUUUAAACUUAGAUAUAUACAAAAUAGAACACUACAAUUAAUUCUAUUAUUUAAAAUUUUACAAACUACUUCUUUGGAUGAACUGGCAUACAUCUGAGGUUGUAUUGGAUGGAAAAUGGCAGAGGAGUUCCGAUGGAUGUCUGUUAUGAUCGACAGAGCCAGCACGUGAGUCACAGUAGAUAUGGAAAUUGAUUUUGGAACCUCCGCCGAAAAUGAAGCUUUAGACAGAACUGUAAAUGAAUCCAAAGACAUUAUCAAUCAGAGUACGGACAGUGAGGACAGUGAUAGUACGGAUGAAGAUGACAGUGAUGAUGAGCCAGCAAUUGUGUUUGGGGACGGAUCAACAACGGAAUGCUUUGAUGACUGGAUCGAAAAGUGGUUGCCAUCAAAUACCACCAUAGAAUCAGGAUAUCAGUGGGUAUUGGUGUUCAACAGACAAGCCUGUUUAUCCCAACGGAGCAUCAUUGGGUUUCAACGAAAAGACUUGGACGGUCUGAGUGCCUCCUGGGAGAAUUUCAUCAAGUCUGGGAGAACCGUUAAUUAUGCUUCACUGACAGAGCUGGCACAUAACCACUAUGUAUGCUCUGGAAAGUGGAUGUUCUGGGCCAGCUCUGGGGGCAAGAUCGACCAUUUGUGGCAAAAAGUGGCUUCUUGCAUUAUGAAACAACAGCUGCCAUGUUUUGAAGCUAAGGUGAGCACAAGGCGGUCUUACCAAACAAAAUAUAUGCAACAAGUCACCAAUACUCAUGUAGUAUGUAUAUACAAUAUUGACUUUACAGACUAUGAACAAGUGAUGUCUUCGGAGCAAGCUAUUCGUAAAAUGGGCAUUAAAGGACGGCUUUUCUACAAACCGGAUCUUUUUACCCACUGUGGAGUGUAUGCGAAAAACCCAUGGAACAUAAAACCACACAUCUUUAUCAGUGAUUACGACAUCUUAAAAAAGGAGUCUGUUAUCCAAUCAUUUGUUUAGAGUAACUUUAUAACAGAAACUAUACGAACUCUUACUUAUUAAACUUAUAUAAGCAAAUGUGUACUGUGAAGUGUUAAGAAAAUAUCCCGUUAUAAGAAAUUCCACCCACAGAUAUGUGUAUUUUGAAUACCUAAAAUGGAUUGUGUGCAGAAAAAGAAUAUGUAAAAGAUAAACGGAAACUCUUUCUGACAUACAAAGAUCACAAAAGAAACGGUCCGAAAAAAGAGAGAGAAAUAUACAAACUGUAAUAACUUGUUGUACAAUAUUCUUUUGGUUAUUUAUUUUACAUGUAAGAAAACAGGAAGCAAAUACCUU